GCCCCUGCCAGCGCGCCCCGCCCAGGCUCCUCGGAGGGUGCGGGUUGUGGGGCGGGAUCGAGCCCGAGACCUGGCCGGCUUCGCCAAGGGCUGACGCGCCGGAGAAAAGUUGUGCCUUGACCUUCUCUCGCCUGGUGAUUUGUCCCCCGGUCCCCAGGCUGAGUGGAAGCCAGGACUGGAGGUCACCGCGUCCAGACGCCUGAGGGCAACUGCCCGGGCGUCCGGAGUUGGGUGUUGGGCCCGGUUGAAGCCGACUCUGCCCCCGCGGUUAGUGCCCUGAGCCCUGGCAGCUCGGUUGUCCCCGGGAUCUCCGCACAAACUUUCUGACUGUCGAGGGGACACGGCGUGGAGGGAGGAUUCGUGGCCGCCCAUAGAGCAGUGGUGGCAGAAGUUGGUUUAGUGACUCCCAUUGCAUAUUCAGUUUGUUGAAUUCUGCUGUGAGGGCUUCAAGCAGUGAUGUCACCAAACCAGUUGUGAAACAGGUUUUGGGAAGUGACCAUGAAGACUGAAGAAGUUACAUUUUUCACAUGAUAAUUGAAGUUAAUGACUACUUACAAUAUUUUCAUGAAAAUUAAGUAUGACUUAGAAGUGUCAAAGGUUUAUGAUGUCAUCAGUUUCGACAGAAAGCAAACUUCAGCAGGCUGUCAGCCUGAAGGGAGUUGACCCAGAAACAUGCAUGAUCGUGUUUAAGAACCACUGGGCACAGGUUGUGAAGAUCUUAGAGAAGCAUGACCCCUUGAAGAACACCCAGGCAAAGUAUGGAUCGAUCCCUCCAGACGAGGCCAGCGCUGUGCAGAACUAUGUGGAACACAUGCUGUUCCUGCUCAUUGAAGAACAAGCCAAGGAUGCUGCCAUGGGGCCAAUUUUGGAGUUUGUGGUCUGUGAGAACAUCAUGGAAAAGCUUUUCCUCUGGAGCCUGAGGCGGGAAUUCACCGACGAAACCAAACUGGAGCAGCUGAAGAUGUAUGAGAUGCUGGUUACACAGUCGUACCAGCCCCUGCUGCACCAUAAGCCCAUCCUGAAGCCCCUGAUGAUGCUGCUGAGCUCCUGUUCGGGGACAACCACCCCAGUCGUGGAGGCAAAGCUGGUCGUCCUGCUCAACCAGCUUUGCUCCAUCCUUGCCAAAGACCCAUCCAUUCUAGAACUCUUCUUCCACACCAGUGAGGACCAAGGGGCCGCUAACUUCCUCAUCUUUUCUCUUCUGAUACCCUUCAUUCAUCGGGAGGGCACAGUAGGCCAGCAAGCUCGGGAUGCUUUGCUGUUUAUCAUGUCUCUCUCCGCGGAGAACAGCAUGGUGGCCAAUCACAUUGUGGAGAACACCUACUUCUGUCCAGUACUUGCAACUGGACUCAGUGGCCUGUACUCGUCCCUGCCCACGAAGCUGGAAGAAAAGGGUGAGGAGUGGCAUUGCCUUCUGAAGGACGACUGGCUCCUGCUGCCCCCCCUUGUGCAGUUCAUGAACUCUCUGGAGUUCUGUAACGCCGUCAUUCAGGUGGCCCACCCCUUGAUCCGCUCUCAGCUCGUCAGCUACAUCUACAAUGGCUUCUUGGUACCAGUGUUGGCUCCCGCCCUCCAUAAGGUGACGGUGGAAGAGGUCAUGACCACAACUGCAUACCUGGACCUUUUCCUGCGCAGCAUCUCUGAGCCAGCGCUCCUGGAGAUCUUCCUCCGUUUCAUCCUAUUGCACCAGCAUGAAAACGUCCACAUCCUGGACACACUCACCAGCCGAAUCAACACCCCUUUUCGGCUUUGUGUGGUGUCCCUGGCCUUGUUCCGAACUCUCAUUGGUUUGCACUGUGAAGAUGUGAUGUUGCAGCUGGUUUUAAGGUAUCUGAUCCCGUGCAAUCACAUGAUGCUGAGCCAAAGGUGGGCUGUGAAGGAAAGAGACUGUUACUCCAUGUCCGCGGCCAAGCUGCUUGCCUUGACCCCUGUCUGCUGUGCCAGCGGCAUCACCCUGACACUUGGGAACCAAGAAAGGGAUUAUAUUCUCUGGUCAAAGUGCAUGCAUGACGGCGCAGGGCCCGAGGAACAGUUGCUGCCAGAAGCACCCUGCCCACCUUCUCCAACCACCCCACUUUCCCCUCCUGCCCCAGCAGCCUGCAUUGUGGAGUAUGGGAAGACCCUGGACAUCAGCUACCUGCAGUACCUGUGGGAGGCCCACACCAACAUCCUCCACUGUAUGAGGGACUGCAGGGUGUGGUCAGCCCUCUAUGAUGGAGACUCGCCUGACCCUGAGACAUUUCUGCAGAGUCUGCCAGAGGAGAGCCGAGAAGGCUCAGCCCACCCAGAGGCCAGACUCCCUCAGCAGCACACCAGGACAGCAGGGCAGGUGAAGGACAAGAACCAGUCAGAGCUGGAAUGGGACGACAGCUAUGACACCGGUAUCUCAUCUGGGGCAGACGUGGGGUCUCCUGGGCCUUAUGACGAGGUGGAGACUCCAGCCCCACCAGCACCCAUGGAGCCCCCGAAACACAUCCAAGAGAUGAAGAAGAACGCCAUCCUCCUCUUCAAAGGGUCCUACAUAGAAGAGUCAGACUUCCAGGAUGAUGUGAUGGUGUAUAGGCUGUGCGCAGAGAAGGACUCCGAGGACACCAGCGAGCCACAGGGGGUCAUGGCCGACCCACCAGCCGAGGCCCAGCCCAAAGAAGACCAGAGUCCCCCCGUGAGCAAUGGACCUCUCUUUAGCCCCGAUCCUGAGGCAGAGCCACAACCCAGCCUGGAGAGUUCAGACCUAUGUCAGAGCGUGUUUUCCGAAGCCACGCAAGAGCAUGACGCUGAUGCAGGCUUGGACUCAAACUCAGAAUCAAUAGUCCCUGCAUCUGAGGCAGAAGUCCAGUCAGACCUGCCGGCCGCCAACACAGACAGUGAUGCCUUGGACUCAAAUUCGGAAUCGAUAGUCCCCGCAUCUGAAGCAGAAGUCCAGUCAGACCUGCCGGCCGCCAACACAGACAGUGAUCUCAUUGCACAGUACGACAAGAUCAUCCAAGAACUGGAUUCUGGCCCCGAGGGCUUGAUGGGCCAGACCAUCGCCAUGUCUGACCCCCUGAUUCUUACAAACCAGGACGAGAGGCGAGAGGAAGGCGGAGAAGAGGAAGAGGACGACUUUGACUCCCUCAUGGCAGCAAGUCCUGCUGUGGAGACUGUGCCUUCCCCAUUUGGCAUCAGAGAGGACACGGCCUUGCCCAGUCGCCAUCCCGUGAGGACUCAAAGCGCCCCAUUCACAGGUCCAUUCAUCAGUGUGGUCCUGUCGAAGCUGGAGAAUAUGCUGGAGAACUCUCUGCAUGUCAACUUGCUGCUGAUUGGCAUCAUCACCCAGCUGGCCAGCUACCCGCAGCCACUCCUGCGCUCCUUCCUCCUCAACACCAACAUGGUCUUCCAGCCUAGCGUCCGCUCUCUCUACCAGGUCCUUGCUUCUGUGAAAAACAAGAUCGAGCAGUUUGCUUCCAUGGAGAGAGACUUCCCAGGGCUCCUCCUCCAAGCCCAGCAGUACCUGCUUUUCCGGGUGGACAUGUCUGAUGUGACCCCUGCAGCAUUCACCAAAGAUCCCACUCAGGAGGUCUCCAGGACAGAAAGUGACAAGACCCUAACGGAUGGCCCUCCACGUGUGUUUCAGCCCUUCCUGGGCAACAGAACCAAGGUGGCAGGGGCACCCCCAAACCUGCCUCUGCCAGUGAAGAACACCAUGUUGGCUGCCGCUCUCUUCCCAGAGUUCCUGAAGGAGCUGGCAGCCUUGGCCCAAGAACACUCAAUUCUGUGUUACAAGAUCCUGGGGGACUUCGAGGACUCCUGCUGUUAGCUUUUUAUAUUACUAUUUUAAUAGAUACUUGGUUUUAUAAGGUUAUAGCAUCAACUGAAUGUUAAAUGCAAAGCUGCUUAUCAAAAACUGUCCACUUUGAUACUUCCUGACAAUACUUGAUUUGUAGCCGGGUCUCCCUUUGUUAUACAGAAUGUAAGUCUCUGAGCUGGCUGUCCCCAUGGUGGGUCUUUCUGCUGAGUUUUUCCUCUUUACAAGGUUUAUAGUUGUUCUUCCAUCCCUGGAGCUUGAAGCUCACACAGCGCAGAGGUUCUGUGAUCUCUGGACGCCGUGACGGGGGUCAGCUUUUCAGCAGCCUCAAGGAAGCUCCUCCACAGGGGCAUGCCCUCUCUACCCUCUGAAAAAUGCAAGAGGAGCAUGGAGCUCCGCCUGCCACACAGGUACACCUCAUCUGCUGCUUCCAAUUUUACUUCUAGGACUUGCAGUCUCUCCACACGUAUUGCCUUAUAUUGUGGGAAAAUCCCCCAGCUCCAGCUGUCUACCCAAAAAGAAUUUGGAAUGUGGGGAGUUUUUAUCUUGUUGCUUGAGAGCUUGCUCUAUCAAGACCAAAACACAAGACAGCCUUAAUUUAGUACGAUUUGCACAAAAUGAAGCGUACCUAUGCAAACUCUGGAUCUCAGGCAUGUGAUCAGGUGAACAGAGUGUGGUAUCAUAUACUAAAAACCCAACCCUUAUUAUUUGUUUUAUGAAAAGAAACAUUAACUUGUGAAGCUAUAGAGGACUUGGCGGGGGGGGGGGGCAGAGUUUGAAAUGCAAAAGAUAAAAUUAUACUAAUUGAAACCUGUAGAAACACUGGUAGUUAUUUCAUUUUGCUAACGGGAGGCACGGAUGGAAAUGCAUACGGAUCCCAGGGAGCUGGUGAAGCUAGGUGCCUGCUGGGGACCUACAGCUUCGGAAUGCCCAGAUCUGCCCUGGGCCGGGUGAGUAUGCCACAGGCUAAACAGGAGCCCCAUACCCGUCCAUGGAACAUUGCUGACUUAAGAGCGGUUUGCCGAGUCAUGGUGCAGCGGCCAUCGUGUGGGAGGCACAGUAAACCGGCCUGCUCCUGCCCUCCUGAUGCGUGCUCACAGGUCUCCCAGAGGACCUGCUACCCCUUCACACACCACUUUGUCCGGUUAUUUGAGCUUGCCAUGCCACUGAAUGCUGAAGCCAUAUCUGCAAAUGGGAGUUCUUUAACCUUGUGGUUUUAUGACUAUAAGUAUCAGUAUUCAUGUCCACAUUUCUUUUUAUUCCUUAAAAAAAUAAAACUCUAGGCAAGCAUGCUGCUACUUAGCUAUA